UUCUGCCUCUGGCAACGCGAGCGCAGCCUGAAGCCUCUAUUUAGUGAUCCGCUUACUGAUACUUACGUAUUGAUAGUGAUUUUGUGUUGUUGUGGUCCAGUCAGAAAUGGAUGACGUUGCCGAACUUUUGAAGACCUGGGAGCUACACGACUUAGUACCAAUUUUUACAGAACAGCGGAUGACAAUCCAGGCGUUAUCGGCUCUGACUCGAGAGGACUUGAAGGACCUUAUUCCGCAGGCAGGACCAAGGGUGCUAUUUACAAGGUGUUGGCGUUCGUGGAAAAAUGAGUUUUUGCCAAUAAACGAUACUAGUAUACCAUCUUUUUCGGGCCUGGAUUUGUCAAACUUGCAGUUUGAUUGCUUGAAGGAAACUGACGAACUAUCUGAAUGUGUUGUAGAGGUAAUACCAUUAGACAACCCUGAGACAAAAGAAAAUACUGCAAGUACAACAAGUCAUCAACAAUUAGGAAAAGAAACUCAAACUGGGAUACUUGAAAAUUUAUUGAAACAAUCACUCGAAACUUCUUCACUUCUGAUUUAUAAAGGCGGUAGCUUAGAUGGAGAUGCUACUAGAAAUUUAUUAGCGUCUGUGAUUGCCAAAGAAAUAUUAAAUGAGAACAAAAAUUCACCAAUAGUUGGUCAAAUUUAUUUCAAGUGGACAAAAUUGAUAAGUGAACUCUUUCCGGGUGAAAGGACCACAACGUAUUAUAUCCCUGCAUGUACUACUGCGUCUGGCGCAGUUCUUCAAGCAAGAGGCAAACUCGUACAUCAGGUACUGAACAAAAGGAGGCGCUUCCAACAAUUAGGAUCCUUGACAACAAAAAAAAGAAACAGAGAAGAAAGCCCAGGACCAUCUUCUUCAUCACCAAGACCAAUGCCAAGAAUAAAGAAUAAAUUUAUUGUCAUAAAAACCUUAGUUGGCAAACAACUAAGGUUUAUAUGA